CAACUAGGUAGCUUUUCUUUUAUACCCGGACCUCGACAGAAUACACAGGUCACGUGAGAUAGUGUUGAUCUUCAUUUGUUAAGCAAAAUGUCAUCCCAUAAAGAGCAACUGAAACAAAAGUGCGGUAAACUGGUGAACAAUUCGUUCAUAUCAGACGUUGUGUUCGCGGUCGGCAAGGAAGGAACUUUGAUUUACGGUCACAGUGUUCCUUUAGUGCAUUUCAGCGAGGUGUUCCGCUCGAUGAUCCAAUCCGAUGGACGCAACAGACGCAAGCACAAAAGUUCAUUUAUUGUAGACGACGUUGAACCGGACAUUUUUCUGGAAAUGUUGAACUUCAUCUACUGUGAUCACUGUGAGAUCACACAGUUAAAUGUGAUGGGCAUUCUUUACGUCGCGGAUAAAUACAAGCUGUACGAACUGGAACGAAGAUGUGAGAGUGUCCUCACCGAGAAUGAUUGUUCCGGCGCCAUGCUGGAAGCGUUCAUCAACUCCCACCCAACGUGUUCUCGAAUGACAGAACUGUGUCUAAACCAAAUAUGCACUAAUCCGCUGCGUGUAUUCAGGCACCCGCUGUUUAUGAACCUACCUGCUUGUCUCUUCAAAAAGAUCGUGGAACUGAAAAGUAUACGCUGUUCGGAUUACCAAUUGGUUGAUGUCAUCGAGCGCUGGGGAGCACACCAACCCGAGUGUGUUCGAGAUGAAAUCAACGGCAUCGAGCAGAUUAUCAAAGAUAGAAUCGACAAUGUAUCUUUCAAUAGAGAGUAUGGCGGAAAACAAAUAAGCAUGCUGAAAUCUGAUGUCUCGGUACCACGAUUCAACGGUCAACUGAAGGCAUAUCGUGAUUUGUACUUAUAUGGCGUCGGGGUAUAUGCUGGGAUUAGUCAACAUUGUUCCGAGGGAAACGUCAUCAUACAAAUCAGUGUAGGUGGAGAUCACGUAGUGAAAGAAAAAAUUGAAAUUGAGCCGUCGGAUGAUGACCAUUCGAGCGUACAAGACUGUUUUUUCAAACGGAUACGGCUCUCCGAGGGCCAAAAGGUGGAUAUAGAUGUGUCAAUGCCUACGGAUUUACACUUUCGUCAGUUUGUGUGGUACAGCUGCACUCGGGAAGGAAUGCGUUGUAUGAAAAGUGAUGAUUUUGAACUACAGAACAGUGAUAGUAAGAACCAACUAUCUCCGAUAGCGUACUUACUGUAUGAUACCAUAGACUAGUGUUAGGAUAAUGAUGAUAGUUAC